GCGAUCAGUCCUCAUUGUUCUAACUUGCAACUUUCUGAAAGCUACACCAAAAUGUGUGGAAUAUUCGCCGUCUUCAAGUAUGCUCAACCAGCCGAUCUGCGCCAAACAGCACUCAAGCUUUCUGCUCGCUUGCGCCACCGCGGUCCUGAUUGGAACGGUCUCAAGAUUGUUGGCAACAACGCGUUGGCUCACGAGCGCCAAGCUAUCGUUGAUCUCGACAACGGUGCCCAACCGCUCACCGAUGCCAACAACAAGUUCAUCUUGUCUGUCAAUGGUGAAAUCUACAACCACCAACACCAUCGGAAGCAACUUGGAGAAUCUUACCAGUUCCAAACCGGCUCGGACUGCGAAGUGAUCAUCCCGCUGUACAUCAAACACGGCACCCAACUCGCCGAGCACCUCGAUGGCAUGUUCUCGUUCGUGCUGUACGACGUCGAGAACGACACGCACAUUGUUGCCCGUGAUCCUAUUGGCAUCACUCCCCUGUACCGUGGAUGGGGCGACGAUGGUUCGCUUUGGUACGCAUCGGAGGCCAAAUCGCUCAAGGACAACUGCUCACGCAUUGAAGUGUUUCCACCGGGUCACCUCUUUUCAAGCAAAACCGGCCUCGUGCGCUACUACCAGCCUGAAUGGAUGACCAGCACUGCCAUUCCGACUCAGCCGUGCGAUCUCAAACUAUUGCGGGAGACAUUCGAAGCCGCCGUCAUCAAGCGACUCAUGUGCGACGUGCCGUUUGGCGUGCUGCUCUCUGGAGGACUCGACUCUUCGCUCGUUGCUGCAAUCGCCUCGCGCCACCUCGAACAGCUCGCGAACAACCCCCCGGCGAACGACGAAAGCCACGUCAACUGGUGGCCGCGACUGCACUCCUUUGCCAUCGGGCUGAAGAAUGCUCCAGACCUCGAAGCAGCGCGAGUCGUGGCCAAGCACCUGAACACUGUGCAUCACGAGUUCCACUUUACCAUCCAGGAUGGCCACGACGCGCUCAGGGAUGUUGUCAACCACUUGGAGACCUACGACGUGACCACCAUCCGCGCCAGCACACCCAUGUACCUGCUCUCGCGCCGCAUCAAGGCGACAGGCGUCAAAAUGGUCCUUUCUGGCGAAGGUUCCGAUGAGAUCUUUGGAGGCUACCUGUACUUCCACAAGGCACCGUCUGCGGCCGACCUGCACAAGGAAACCAUCCAGCGCGUCGGCAACCUGCACUUGUCAGACUGCCUGCGCGCGAACAAGUCCACCAUGGCGUGGGGCGUGGAGGCGCGUGUUCCUUUCCUCGACAAGGCCUUUUUGGAUGUGGCCAUGAGCUUUGAUCCAGCGGAAAAGCUGCACCGUCAGCCCACGCACAUCGAAAAGCACGUGCUACGAAAGGCGUUUGACACUGCGGACAAGCCCUAUUUGCCGGCAUCUGUGCUCUGGCGGCAAAAGGAGCAGUUUUCCGACGGUGUCGGCUACAGCUGGAUUGAUUCGCUCAAGGAUGCUGCAGAACAGGCCGUGACGGAUGCCCAGCUGGCGAGCGCUGCCGUCAGAUUCCCGCACGACACGCCUCAAACCAAGGAGGCGUACUGGUAUCGCGAGAUGUUUGACGAGCAAUUCCCUGCAACCGUCGCCAGCACAGUCAUGCGCUGGAUUCCCAAGGGCGAAUGGGGCUGCAACGCUGAUCCGUCAGGUCGGUUCCAGACUGUUCACUCGUCGGCUGUUCUUGCAGACAAGUAAUCAACAUUGCCGUCAGUUGCAUCGCAGCUUAGCUUUGGUUUGCCUUUGUUUGCCAACCCCCCACUUUGGAAACCUUUUGACGAGGGUUGCCCUCCCCUCUGUCUAUCAGCAACUGAGUAUUUCUGAUGACCCAAUACAUGAAAUAAACGUUGCGCCUUUGUCCUUUGCUGCACAUUGUAUCAGGA